AAAAUCAUUAAAAGAAAUUGGAGAAAAGGGUUAUUAUUAGUUUUUAAAGGUUUAAGAAAGGCUCUCUGUUUUGGCAGAGCAGAGAAACAGAGAAAUGGCGGAUUCGUUGGACGAAGACUGUGAUUAUCUCUUCAAGGCGGUUCUUACGGGCGAUUCCGGCGUUGGAAAAUCCAAUCUCCUCUCUCGUUUCUCCAAAAAUGAAUUCCGAUUCGACUCUAGACCUACGAUCGGUGUCGAGUUCGCUUACCGGAAUAUUAAGGUCGCCGAUAAACUCGUCAAAACCCAAAUCUGGGACACCGCCGGCCAAGAAAGAUUUAGGGCAAUUACAAGUUCUUAUUAUCGGGGAGCAUUAGGAGCAUUACUUGUUUACGACAUAACUCGCGUGGCUACAUUUGAUAACAUAAAGAAGUGGCUACGAGAGUUGAGAGAGUUUGGAAAUCCGGAAAUGGUGAUCAUUCUAGUUGGAAACAAAUGCGACUUACAUCAAUCGCGAGAAGUACAAGAAGAAGAAGCGCGACAUUUGGCCGAGUUGGAGAACUUGUUUUUCAUGGAAACUUCUGCCAAAGAUAAUUUGAAUGUGGAAGAGGCAUUUCUUGAAAUGGUUCGUAGGAUCCACGCCAUCGCCUCUCAAAAGACAUUGGAUUUGCAUAAAAAAUUUGAAAAGCUUGUUGCUUUUCCAAACGGAAAAGAGAUUAUUAGUAUUCAUGAAGUAACCCCAACCAAACACAAUUCAAAUUGUUGCUCUUUGUGAAAAUUUAGUUUUGAAUGGUGAGUUUAGCUUAUAGUUUGCUUGAACUUAUCUUUAUCUUAUAAAUAUAUUUUAUUUUUAGCCUAUAAAUAUUGUGUAAUUUCAUAGCAACUAAAACUAUAAAUAUAUACUAUCACAUUAUAUGUA